GCUCAAAUAUUCAGUUGCCUGAAUGCCUGCGCAUUAUUGGAUAUUUACGGCGAAUAGGAGUAUUUAGUGAGUACGGGAUGCGUUUGCUGUUCUUAAGAUGUCGAGAAGCAUGGCUUAAUGGUAUUCUUGAGGAUCUGGACCAGACAAAUCCAUACGAGUACUUAAAAGGAAUGAUUAAUUGUCACAGAAUGCAUCUUUUUGAUGUUGUGAAUCAGUAUCGAGCUAUAUUUGCUGAUGACACAUCGGGAAGUGAGGAAAACUAUGAUGGUGGACUACUUUUUAGUUGGGCAAUGCACCAAAUUACCUCACACCUGCAAACUCUAAAAGUUAUGCUUCCAAAGAUAACUGAAGGUGGAUCACUGUCAAAUAUUUUGGAUCAGUGCAUGUACUGUGCUAUGGGACUUGGUUGGGUUGGAUUGGAUUUUCGAGGCUUGCUCCCACCACUUUUUGAAGAUUCUCAACUUAUCUCCAAAAAUAUGAGUACCGCUGUUGAGAAUUUUCAGUUGGUCUUGGAUUCACAUCGCUGGGUUCCCCUGCCCACAGUUGGCUAUCCUUCUAAUACUGUUGAAGAAACCAAAGAGGAUAUAACUCCUCCCUCUUAUUUGAUGGAGCAUCCACCUCUUGCUGUUUUUAUUAAUGGUGUAUCUGGAGCAAUGAAUGAGCUCCGUCCGUGUGCCCCAAUAAGUUUAAAACAUGUCCUUGCCCAAGAAUUGAUCAAGGGAUUGCAGGCUGUUUCUGAUUCAUUACUGCUGUACAACACAACACGGGUUCUUAGGGCUAACGAAUCAGGACUUUUCCUCUCACUUUGCCGGGCAUUUAUUGAGGUUGCUUAUCCUCAUUGUGCUACAUGUUUUGGGCGUUGCUAUACUAGUGGAGCAAUUCUUAUCAUGGAUGCAAAGAACGUUUAUGAUGGAAUCCGCCGCCUAGUAGAGGCUUCCUCUGCAAGAGAACUCCCAAAACCAGUAAAUAAUAAAGAAGCUAGUGCCAUAGCUGAGAAUGGUGAGGUGCCAAAAAUGGAUAACGGUGAAACGCCCGAUGCUAAAGAGUCUGAAGUCAUCAAUACUGAAUCUGAAGCCAUCAAAACUGAUGAGGCGAACAAAAACUCUACUUCUCGGACAGGUCAGGAAGACACCAAUCUUGAAAAGACUGACGAAUAA